AGGAUAACCCUCAUCAAUGUCAUUUAUGAUUUCCUAGUUCUGCCCUUAACAAAUUCUUACCCAGUUAAGGGUUUUCUUUUAAAUCUUAAAUCUGAUUCUUAUCUUUUACACUUUUUUUCUUAAUAUCUGGAUUAUCUUUAUAUGCCUUUGUUGGGAUAAUUACUAAUUUCAUUUUAUUUUUGAAUAGGUUAAAAUCAUUUCUAAAAUCAGAAUAAAAUGUUUUGAAAUUUAUAUGUUUUUUCUUUUUCACCAAACUUGUAAAGAAACAAGGGACACCAAGCCCUUCACUGUCAGAAAUAUAUAGGUUUUUACCUUUUUACUUGACUGGUAAUUAAAUCAGUUAAAAUGGUGUGAAAGACAGACUUAGGUUGGUUAGUUAGAGUGUCAGAAGCCUGGGAAUGCUGGUUGUACCUUUGGCCUACUAUGUGUUUUAGGGGAUUACUUACUAAUCACUUUUAGCUCAGAUUAAAAAAAAGAAGAAGCAUAGCUAUACCUCAAAUGAAGGGAAUCAUCAGCUGUUUAUUUUACUGUUCCGAGGUAAACAAUUCACAAGAGUCCAGUUUUUCAAUUCUGAAGCAAAAAUCACCAUUGAAAUUUUACAUACCUCAGUGUUUGGGAUUUAGUUGGUAUUGAACUCUGGUCUGCUUCGUGGCAUUUUCUGUCUCUGUUGAUUCUACUUCAGGACUGAAACUUAUUGCACAUAUCUGCUGCAAUAAUUUAGCAUAAGAUCAAAGUAAUAUUAAGGUUGUCUUCAAAGAGAUAAACUAGAUCCAUUAUUCCCAAGAAACAAACCAGUGUGUUUGUGAUAUUUAAGGUGUGGGUUUGACGUGGAUUGUUGAACUGUUAUAUAAAAACCUUUUCUCUCGUUUUGAAACAAAUCUCUAUAGUUGAUUUAAACAAGACUAGAUGACUGCGGAUGAAGUCGGAAGUAGCUCCGAGUGGAGCAAAGAACAGGAUAAAGCAUUUGAAAAUGCCUUGGCAAUUCAUCCUGAAGAUGCUUCCGACAGAUGGGAGAAGAUUGCGGCUGAUGUACCAGGGAAAACCUUGGAAGAGAUUAAGCACCACUACAAGCUCUUGGUUGAAGAUAUUAAUCAGAUUGAAUCUGGUUGCGUACCUUUGCCAUCUUAUAAUUAUCCUUCAGAGGGCUCAGCAAGCCAUGCUAGUGAUGAAGGAGCUGGCAAGAAGGGAGGCAGUUCAUGGAAUAGUAACAACGAAUCGAGUCAUGGAAAUAAGGCUUCAAGAUCAGAUCAGGAACGACGAAAGGGUAUUGCAUGGACAGAGGAUGAACACAGGUUAUUUCUUCUUGGCUUGGAAAAAUAUGGAAAAGGUGACUGGCGAAGCAUAUCAAGGAACUUUGUAGUGACAAGAACACCUACACAAGUUGCAAGCCAUGCCCAAAAGUACUUCAUUCGGUUGAACUCGAUGAAUAAAGAUAGAAGGCGAUCCAGCAUACAUGAUAUCACCAGUGUCAACAAUGGUGAUGUUUCAGCACCUCAAGGACCAAUUACUGGCCAAACAAAUGGUUCUGCAGCAAACUCUGGAAAACCAACGAAACCAGCCCCUCCAACCCCAAGUGCUGCCCCAAGUGUAGGAAUAUAUGCUGCUCCUACCAUUGGACAACCUAUAGGACCUCUUGUAUCUGCAGUUGGCACCCCAGUGAACCUUCCUGCCUCGGCACACAUGGCAUACGGUCUUGGUGCCCCAGUUCCUGGGACAGUUGUUCCUGGAGCCCCAAUGAACUUGGGUCCUGUGCCAUACCCCAUGCCACACACAUCUGCUCAUAGAUGAAGGUCUGUUCAGAGGUCUAAUGUACAAAAAAAGGCACAGAAGAUGGCUUCUGAACAUAAUGUAAGGAUUUGUUUGGAUAAAUUUCUCCUUUAAGUAGCUCUAGAAGGAAAAGAAUGAGAAGGAAAAAUGAAAUAUUAUUUUCUUUGUCUAGAACUGUUCAUGGAGAAGUUUAUCCAAGUAUGUCCUAAUUCUUUUCCUAUUCCAUAAGUUGCUUAUGUGCGAGUUUUAUGUCCGAUCAAUUAUUUCAAAUAAGCGAUACUUAGAUAGAAGCAUUAGAAUGUGUCUGCAUCGGUUGCCAUGGAUGGAAUAUCUGGCACCCUUGGAAUACGACAGCAUGAAAGUAAGGUUGUUUUGUAGACAUUGAAAUAGUUUUAGUUAGUCAUAUAAAGUGGUGCAUGCUGUAGAGAAAGGUUCUGUGUCUUUGAAUUAGUUUUUGUUGUAUUUUGACAUUGUUUCUGAUUUUCAGUAGGAUCUAAAUUUCCCGUCUA